AUGGAUUUAAAAACAAGUGCAAUAUCAAAACCAAAUAAAAUAUUUGAGUUUCAAAAGUACAAAAAAUGGAUCAUAGUCGGAAUUAUAUUUCUAGCCAUUGUUUUUAUAUUUUAUGCAAAUAAUCAAGGAUGGAUUCAAGGAUUAGAAAAUGUGCCAAAUUCAAGACCAAAUAUUCAAAAGAACGAAAAUAUUUGUAGAACCAAAGAAUGUAAAAUGCUUGGGAAAAGAAUGGUGGGAUGCUUUCUUUGUAAAGAAAAACUAUCACUUUUUUUUUCAGAAAUCCAUGAUGAACCCAAAAAUCAAUCCAUGUGAUGAUUUCUAUGAAUCAGUUUGUGGAAAUUAUCCAAAAAAUGAUAGUCAGGAAAUGUUUAAAUAUAGCGACGAAGACUACAACGAUUUGUCAAAAUUUAUCAAAACUUAUAAACCAGUCACGAAAUCUGAGAAAGUUGCGAUGACAGUUUUGAAAAAAUGUAUGGAUAAAUCAGAAUAUCGAAAUCAAAUUGAUAUGAGUUUUUGGGACGAUUUGGAAAGUCAUAGUUUAACUGAUGUUUUGAUUGAAGCUGUCAAAGUUAAUCCAAUUGACACUGGAUUUUUGAAAAAUUAUGUUGCUAUGAUUCAAAACUCAACUACCAAUUCAAAAUAUCUUUUCCUUGACAUAAUCCACGGAUUUGAGAAAAAUACAACAAUGAGAAAUCGUACUGAAACUAUUUUGAGUGAAAACGAGCAUUUGAAUGAAGAAGUAUCUAUACCAAUAGACGAAGCAAAAAGAAAUAUCAAGUUUUUUGAUGUCGAAAGAUAUGUGAAGAAUUUGCUGCCAGAAAAAUAUCGAGAUUUGGAGAAUAAUGGCGAAUGGUUUGUUGAAUUAAAUUCAAUGGUGAUUCUUGAAAAAAUUGUUGAAGAAUUUGGAGUUGAAGAAGUUAAGAAAGCUAUUCGAGAUAAAUACAAAUCAACAAUUAAGUUUUAUUUGGUCCAGGCUGAUUUCGACACAUGUUUCAAGAGAUUGAACAAAUUGUUCCCUGGAACUCUAGCAACUAUUUUUGUGAAACACUUUGUUGGUGAUAAAAAUCUUUACAAAGUCAACAAGUUAUUCAAAGAUGUUCAAAAGGUUUUUAUUGAAAUGAUCGAGGAAAAUAGUUGGAUGGACCAAAAAUUAAAAGAUGUUUUGAUACAAGAAGUUCUAGAUCUCAAAUCAUCGAUUGGCAUUCCAGAUGAAUACAGAAACCAGGAAAAUAUUGAUCGAAUGUAUUCAAGAAUCGGAGAUUUCGAAAAUCAACCAUAUUUGGAAUUGAUUAGAAAUUUAUUGAAAAUGAAUAGCGAAGAAACAUUUUUGAGGGUUUCUAGAAGAGAGGAAAUCACAUAUCUUGGAGAGACAACCGAUAUCAAUGCUAACUACCUUCCUUUAAAUCAUCGAACAUGUAAGUUUCUCUAUUUACUUCGUUAUUUUUGAAUUUAUUCAAAAAAACUACUCCGUUAUUUUUGAAUUUCAGCCAUUGGUCCACUUUUUCUCAAUUAUCCAUACGUUGAUCAAAAUCUACCGGAAUGGAACACAAUUGCUACAAUUGGACAUGUUAUGGCGCAUGAAGUUGGACAUGCUUUUGAUUCGAAAUACUUCUUUAUAAGUCCAAUGGAUACUAAUGUUGAAAUGCCAAUUAGAGUGAAAGAAAUAUUCAGAAAUCGUAUCAAAUGCAUCAUUCAAAAAUAUAACAAAUAUCAAUUCGCAGAUGGAACUUUUGUAAGUUAUGUUUUUUCAAAAAUUUUCAAAUUUUCUAAAAUAAAAAAUAUUUUCAGUCGAAUGGAACUUUUACACAACAAGAAGAUUCUGCAGAUAUGAUUGGAUUUAAUUUGGCAUACAGAUUAUUCAAAAAACUGGACAAACUUGAAAAAUUACCAUAUCUUGAUGAAUAUAGUGCAGAGCAACAAUACUUUCAAAGAAUGGGUUAUGUGAGUUUUUCUUGAGCUCAAACGAAACAUUUUUUGAAAAUUUUUAAUUUCAGCUUUGGUGUUUCUCGACAACAGAUGAGGAAUUUAUUGAACUCGUGAAAGAAGAUGAGCAUAGUCUACCGAAAUUUCGUAUAAAUGGAAUGAUGUCAAAUUUUGAAGAAUUUGCAAAAGCCUUCAAUUGCCCGAAAAAUAGCCCAAUGAAUCCAGAAAAGAAGUGUCCACUUUUCAAAUGA